AUGGAAUCAACGGAUAAUGUAGAAGUAAUUGGUGAUAAAAAAGACGGCGACGAAAUGGCGUCUUUACGAUUAUUAGAGAAAAAAGACUAUGCAGAAUCGAUUGAAGAGGUGGAAGGUAGUUCUGACUUGAAUAUUGUAAACGAAGAUGGUACAGCGGAUGAUACUGGGAGUUGUGAGAUAGUAAGUAAACAUAUGGAAGAAACUUUACUCGACAGUGUCGCUCAGGAAGGGAAAGAAAUAGACAAACAGUCAGACAGUGAUAACCAAGAUGAAGAGAUGGAGUUGAGGUGGGAUGAUGAUGAUUUAGAUGAAGAAGAAGUAAAAAAUGAGAAUGAGUUACUUGGUGAAGGUUCGUCAGAUACAUCAAAGUACCCAUUAACUCUGGAAGAGAAGGUAAUGAAAAGUAUAGAAGAGGAAGAGAAGCUUCUAGAAGCAGAAAUCAAUGACACUAAAGAAUCACCACCAGACCUUACUUUAGAUAAUGUGUUUGUUCCUAAAAUAGACCACAAUUUGAACAAACCCGACAUGAUGUUAGAAAUACCAACCCAUGAGCUGAUUGAAUUUAGUGAUGAUGAAGAUGAUCUGACUAGUAAUCUUGAAAUGUCUCCAGAUAUAGAGACUGAUGAAGAAACUAAAGCAAAUGAUAUUCCAAUUGAAGAGAUACAAGUUGAUGUACACAAAAAAGAAAUUGAUACUGAAACAUCAAAGGAAAUAGCGGAAAGUGCACUAGAAAAAGAAGCUCGACUUGCAGCUGAUAUCUUGACAAAACAGCUUAAUGCCAUGGAUGAUGACAUAAGUUUAAUAACUGAUGAUUUGACUGAGAUCAAUAAAGAAAUCAAUGAAGAUGAACUUUUACAAGAUGCACUACAAGAAGAAUUAUUAGAAUGUCCAAUAGACAAAACAGAAGAGCCGUUUAAAAUUAUAAAUAAAUUGAUAGACAAUACACUAAAUACUGCAGAAGAAUCUCAAGAAGAUAACAUACAGGGUAUAGAAGAUCAUAUAACUAAUUCAUGUGAAGAAAUGUUACUGAAAAUUGGUGAGAACGAGGCUGAAGAUUUAGAAAAUACAGAAUUAAAAUCUGAAUUGCCAGUUGAUGUUCCUAAUAAAAUUACUGACACUAAAUCAACAGAUGAUUCAAUGAGUAAAGUUAUAAGUAUUGAAUCCAAUAUUGCAUUAAAACAUACCUCUAAUAUAUUAGAAUCUAAAGUUGAUAAAUCAACAUUACCAGAAAGUGUAUCUAGCGAUAGUAUAGAUGCAAAAAUUUUAGAUAAAACCUCAAUUGAGACCGAAAAAGAAGAAAUGUUGCUCAACGAGUCAAACGUUGAUUCAGUAAUAAAAGAAUCUUUGACUGAUGUUCAAAGAUUAAAAUACAAUGAACCAGACACAUUAAAGAAAGAAUUAGAAGUAAAAAAUAUUUCUAAUGAAAACGCAAUUGAUACAAUAGAAAAAACAUUACAACUAUCAGAAGAAAUAAAAAAGUUACAGAAUGAUCCGAAAGUUGAUCAGCCAGUGAGAGAAUCAUUAAAAAAACCAGACUCAAACCUACAAAAGAGUGAUAUAGUAGCAGAUGAUCCUUUACCCAUAUCUACUGCAGAUCGAGAAAAAACACCUGAGCUCACAAUGAGUUCCGAUGAAUCACUCAAUGAAACAAUGGUUGAGUUGCCGCCUCAAACAAUUAAUGAGCCAAAACCAUCAACAUCUACCGCUGGUGAGGCAAAACUCACAAUGAGUUCAGAUGAAUCACUCAAUGAGUCAAUGGUCGAGUUACCAGCUCAAACAAUUGAUGAAACAAAACCUUCAACAUCUACAGCUUCUAAGACAAAACUCACAAUGAGUUCAGAUGAAUCGCCCAAUCAGACAACAGUUGAGUUACCGGCUGAAACAAUUAAUGAGCCAAAACCUUCAACAUCUACUGCUUGUGAGAUAAAACUCACAAUGAGUUCAGAUGAAUUGCUCAAUGAGACAACAGUUGAGUUACCAGCUCAAACAAUUGAUGAGCCAAAACCUUCAACAUCUACUGCUUGUGAGACAGAACUCACAAUGAGUUCAGGUGAAUCGCCCAAUGAGACAACAGUUGAGUUACCGGCUGAAACAAUUAAUGAGCCAAAACCUUCAACAUCUACUGCUUUUGAGAUAAAACUCACAAUGAGUUCAGAUGAAUUGCUCAAUGAGACAACCGUUGAGUUACCAGCUCAAACAAUUGAUGAGCCAAAACCUUCAACAUCUACUGCUUGUGAGACAAAACUCACAAUGAGUUCAUAUGUAUCGCUCGAAAAGACAACAGUUGAGUUACCAGCUCAAACAAUUGAUGAGCCAAAACCUUUAACAUCUACCUCUUCUCAGACAAAAGUACCAAUUGGAGAGGAAUCACUCACUGAGACAAUGCUUGAAUCAGCUCAAACAAUUGAUGAACCUAAACCAUCAACAUCUGCUUUUGAGACAAAGGGAUCAGAAGCAUCGAUGUUUGGCUCGAUGAUGGUUCAAGAGACGUCUAAAGAUGUGCCAGAGAUGACGGAUAGCUUAGGUUUGUUAGCUGAGUCAUCGAGGGUUAUGGAGGAAGAUGAGGAACAGGAGUAUGAUGAUGAAGGAGAGGAUGAAGAUGAUUUUGACCAGGAUCAGGAUGAUGAAAGUAGUAACCAGAUGACAGCGGAACAUUCAGAAGAUUCGAACGCCCAGCAUUCGGAGACAGAUCAGCUGAAAGAAGAUACAGUUGAUAAAGAAUUCACAUUCACCAUUACUGACGUAGCGACAGAAGUUAAUGAAGUUGAAAGUAUGGAGUGUGAUGUGACUGACACAGAUGCAGAUAAUAUUGCAGUAGAAAAGACACAGGAAACAAAUGAAAUCGACGAAGUUGUACCUGCAGACAGUACUAAAGAUGAUAAAGAUGCCGUGCAAAUGGACAUAGAGACUGUGAAACUGUCUGAUACAUCUGACAACGAAGUAGAUAUGGAGACAGGGGGGAAGACCAUACUUGAAAAGUUAUUACUACGAGAUAAACCGCCAACCGAAACAACAGAGAAGCAAUCGCCGAGCAAAAGAAUGAAAUUGGAAAUAGUUAGACAAAACCAUGUAAUGAAUUUUGUUGAUCUCGAAGAGAGUUCGUCAGAGGAUGGUAAGUAG